CUCUACUACGCAUGCCCUCGCUGAGAGGCACUGCUGCUUCCAACAACAAGCAGAAGGCAGCAACAUGGCUGACCUGGGGAAGAAGUACUGCGUGAACUGCCUGGCAGACGUUACAAAUCUGCGGCUUCGGUGUACCGAAUGCCAGGAUAUUGAACUUUGUCCAGAGUGUUUUUCUGCGGGUGCCGAAAUUGGUAAUCACCGUCGAUGGCACGGCUACCAGUUAGUGGAUGGCGGGCACUUUACGCUGUGGGGUCCCGAAGCCGAGGGAGGAUGGACGAGCAGGGAAGAGCAGUCGCUACUCGAUGCGAUCGAGCAGUAUGGGUUUGGAAACUGGGAGGACAUGACCGCGCCAGGAAGGACCCCUCAGGAGGUGAUGGAGCACUACGUCAGCAUGUACAUCCACGGCAACUUGGGCAAGGCCUGCAUCCCGGACAGCAUUGCCAACCGGGUGACGGACCACACUUGCCCCAGCGGCGGGCCGCUGUCGCCCAGCCUGACCACGCCGCUGCCGCCGCUGGACGUAAGUGUGGCCGAGCAGCAGCAGCUGGGAUACAUGCCGCUGCGCGACGACUAUGAGAUCGAGUUCGACCAGGAGGCCGAGAAGCUGAUCAGCGGCCUGUCGCUCAACUACGACGAUGAGGACGUGGAGAUCGAGAUGAAGCGGGCGCACGUGGACAUGUAUGUGCGGCGGCUGCGCGAGCGCCAGCGCCGCAAGAACAUAGCUCGUGACUACAACCUGGUGCCCGCCUUCCUUGGCCGUGACAAGCGGGACAAGGAGCGCGGAGAGCGCGAGCGACCCGGCUCUGGCACAGGCACAGGGGCCACAGCUGGCGGUGGCGGGGGAGGAGGAGGAGGCACAGGGCCCGGGUCUGGGACUGGAGGAGGUGGAGGAGGGGGAGCAACGACCGCUAGUGGAGCCCUUGGUGGGGCCACUCCCUCGGGACCGGGGGCCACCUCGUCUGCGGGUGCCACCACCGCUACAGUGGGCACCCAGUCGGCAGCAGCGGCGGCGCCCAAGCGCAAGAUCACCAAGGAGGAGAAGGAGCAGAGGGUGAAGCUGCGACCGCUCUGCCAACUGAUGGCGCAGCGCGAGUUCGAGGACUUCUUUGAGAACCUGCACAAGGAGCGCGUGCUGCGCGCCAAGGUGCGCGAGCUGCAGCGCUACCGCCGCAACGGCAUCACACGGCUGGACGAGUCGGCCGAGUACGAGGCGGCGCGCCACAAGCGCGAGAAGCGCAAGGAGAACAAGAGUGUGGCCAGCGGUGGCAAGCGGGGCAGCGGCAGCCAGGGAGGGGGCAGCCAGGGCAGUGGAGGCGGAGGGGGUGGUGGAGGGGGAGGCGGGGGCACAGGGGCUGGCACGUGCCCCGGCGGAGGCGCCAACAUCAAGGAGGAGGGCAAGGACGGUGAAUUCUCGGCCAUCGAGAACCUCUCGGGUUUCGAGCUGCUGUCGGACCGCGAGAAGGUGCUCUGCAACUCGCUCAACCUCUCGCCAGCGCGCUACCUGACGGUCAAGACCAUCAUCAUCAAGGACCACCUGCAGAAGAGGCAGGGCAUCCCCUCCAAGAGCCGGCUGCCCAGCUACCUGGACAAAGUGCUGAAGAAGCGCAUACUCAGCUUCCUCACCGAGAGCGGCUGGAUCUCUCGGGACGCGUCCUAACGAUCACUGAGAUUGUUGGGACGUUCGUUUUCCUCCCCUUUCUAUUUUUUUCCCCUCACUUUUUUGUUUGGUUGAGUUUGACAAUGGGGCCAAAUUAUUGGACACUACAUGAACAGUUCUUUUUUUGUGAUUUUGCUGAUGUACAGUUGACAGAAAUGGAUAUUCCCUUCUAGAAGAAAAAGAAGAAGAAAAAAAAUCAUACCAGUUUUCAAAUUGAGAGUAUCAAAAAUGUAUAUAUGUUUUAUACUAUAAAAAAAGAGUGUGACCUUGUAAAGAGAUUAAAAGGUUGGGCUAUAUUUCUA